AAAGUUCGUUUUCAUUUUUCACCAGUUCUUUUUUACUUAUUAUAUAUCGUCUCAAAAUUACCUACAUUUUAGUGUCGUUUAUUUCUGGACCUGGUUCUACAAAUAUAUGUAAUCAGGUUAUUCAACUGAUGGGCGCAAACUUUCACACCUUUUACAAAUCCUGUGUGAAGGAGAUGAGGGAUUUGAAUCGGCUAUCCUCCUACCGACUGGAGGCGAAUGAACCAUUUUACGAAGUCGAUGAAUUGCUAUAUUUGGAAAGGCACGCCCAAUUGGUGUAUGAUCUCAAAGAACCUUAUUUAAGCUGUGAAUACAAUGGAUUUAUUCAAAUGGAACAAUUGCCUGAUCAACAGCCGGACGGACGCAACUGACAAUGCGCAAACAAUUGCGGUUAAAGUCCACACUUUUUAAAUGCAAGCUUGUUUAAUUAUUACACGUGCAUAUUCCUUACACUAAUGAAUUAUUAAUAAAUAUUAUAAUCCUGUUCCCAUAGAUUAACUAAAUAUAUU